AUGAUGCCCCUUCAGGUCCUCAUUUCAGGCCUCCUACUCCUUGUCCCAGCAGUUUGGAGCACUACUGUGACGUCUUCAUAUGACCCUUGGAAUAAUCACACUGAAGUGGUCCCAAAUCAGCCGAUCUCCACUAAGGACCUCUACAUUGGAAUCUCUGUGUCUGCUGCAUUGCUGAUCCUCCUUGCGAGCAUCGUGACUGUCAUAAAGUGCAGACACAGACAAAAGAAGAGUCUAGAAAGCUCAGUUGUCUUCCAUGGAUUUCAGAAUGAAGUUUUUCAAAGUACAGAGCAACCCCAAGCUGUAGACAAUGUCAUCAUUAUCAAAGACAUUGGAGUUCCAGUUGCCCACUGA